AUGAGGACCAGCCCUCGCAGGCCCUUAAUUCUCAAAAGACGGAAACUGACCCUCUCACAGAAGGAUGCAUCCAGUACUUCAGCAAGAGAUGAGAACAAUGGUCAGGAUGAAAAGACUCCUAAGCAGGAGCACAGCCAGGAGGACCAACACAACAGCCAACCCAGAGACAAAAUGGACUGUGGCCUGCAGAAAUUCCCAGCAGGAAUAAAGAUAAUUGACCAUCCUACCAUGCCCAACACACAAGUGGUGGCCAUCCCUACAAAUGCUGAUAUUCAGAGCAUCAUAGAGGCACUGACAGCAAAAGGAAAAGAAUGUGGCAACAAUGGGCCCAACAAGUUCAUUCUCAUUAGCAGUGGGGGCACGUCCCGUUCAGCAGGUCCAACACCAUCUCAGCAUCUCCUGCCAGAGAAGAAACCCAGUGCAGCAACCAAGGCUGCAGACGGUCAAGAAAGAGACAAGAAUGUUACACAGGCACCUGGUCUUGCAGGAGGGACAAUGCUCUGGCAUUCAGGAAUUGACUCUGUGGUUGGACAGGAACAGGAGAACAACAGCAGUGGCGAGACAAUGAGCUCUGUGUUGGACAAUAGUCUCACUAACAUCCAGUGGCUGGGGAAGAUGAGAUCUGAUGGGCUAAGUCCCUGUUCUGUGAAGCAAGACAUGGAGAAAGAGAACCAGAUGCCUCUGCGGGAAAAAAUCAAGACUGAAGAAGAUUCUGCUGCUGCUGCUAUUCCUACCAUCGCCACCUCCUCCUCAUGGCAGGAUUCAGUAUCAGAACGACCUCCUUACUCCUACAUGGCCAUGAUCCAGUUUGCCAUCAACAGCACUGAGAAGAAGCGUAUGACUCUGAAGGACAUCUAUACCUGGAUUGAGGAUCAUUUCCCAUAUUUUAAACACGUGGCUAAGCCAGGUUGGAAGAACUCCAUCCGGCACAACCUGUCCCUUCAUGAUAUGUUUGUCCGUGAGACAUCUGCUAAUGGUAAAAUCUCGUUCUGGACUAUUCACCCUGAUGCAAACCGUUGCCUGACAUUGGACCAGGUAUUUAAGCCGCUGGACUUGGGGUCACCAACAUCGCCUGAGCACUCUGAAUCACAGCAAAAGCGACAUCUUCCUGAUCCCCAGAAGAACAUGGGAAGCAACAGCAGCAGCAAAACUGAACCCCAGAAUGCACGCCGAAAGAUGAAGCCUUUGCUUCCUCGCAUCAACUCCUACCUGGUUCCGAUCCAGUUUCCUUUGAGUCAGCCUCUUGUCUUGCAGCCUUCUAUGAAGGUUCCUCUCUCCAUGGCACAGGGAGCAUCCCUCAACAGCUCAGAGACUUUCCGGAGCAAUAAGCGUGUGCGCAUUGCUCCAAAGAUGUCAUUCUCUACAGAAGAGUCAUCCUCUUUACCCAUGGCUGCUGUCAAGGAGGAGAGUCAAUGUGAUGAAGGUUUAUUUUCCCCAACUCAUUCCCUAAAGGAGAGUAGCUCCCAGCCUGCUGACGAAUCAGCUUCUUUCCCUGAGAGCGUCUGUAUAAAGGAGGAAGAAGGCUCUCAACUGGACGACUGGCUGUCCCCAUUUGCCUCAACCCUAACGGUAAAGGAAGAGCCAGGGUUGUUCCUCCCAGUCUCAUCCACAAAGGAGAAGAAACAAUUCACCAUACUGAAGUCACCAUCUAAGGGUGUUUCUGACACGUUAGUUAUAAAGAGGCGGGAAAGGCAGGAAAUGGGCAGAUCCAGAAGGAAACAACGCCUAGCGCUGCCUUGCUCAGAAGAGCCUGUCCUUGUUUUGCCAGAAAGCAAUGGCUUUGACCCUUUCCGGUUAGGGGCAGACCCCCCCUUCCUGCAGGAAAACCAGCCUCUUGAGAAUGUAUCACAGCUCAGCUGCUCGCAGGGGGAAGAGGGGCCCUUUAAAACACCAGUCAAGGAGAUGUUCAACAAAUUGCCAGUUUCCUCCACUCCCAGCAAAGUCUCAGCAACUACUACCCCCCCGCUAGGGGGCCUUGACCCCUGGAAGUCUGCAUCCUUAGCCAAGGGAAGUCACGAGCUGGACUUCAGUCCAGUGAGAACCCUUCAGCUGCCAUUCACACCCCUCCAGGAGAACCAGGACUUGCUGGGUUUUAACAGCACACCCCUUAAAAAUCCCCUCUUUGAGUCCCCUCGGGAACUGCUCAAUACAGAAUCCAGUGACAUGGUGCAUGCCCCCCUCACAAGCUCUCCAGCUUUUAUUCAUGAGUCUACUAAGCAAUCAUCUGUUGAACUGCCAGCCUCUGGCUUUACUGAAAACCGGUCACUCAUGGAGGGCCUGAUCCUGGACACCAUGAAUGACAGUCUGAGCAAAAUCCUUCUAGAUAUCAGCUUUCCUGGUCUUGAGGAUGAAAACUUAGGAACGGACAUUAGUUGGUCUCAGCUCAUACCUGAACUGAAGUAA